CAAAGAUUAUCGAUUGGUAAAACUAUCGGCACACAUUUAUCACGAAGUUCCAUCAAGAGGGUGCACUGCUUAUCGAUACUUCAGUCUCUUGGCCACCACUACGCUCGACCUAUUUUUCAGAGGGGCAGCUUAAAGAAAAAAGCAAUAUUUUGCGAAAAAACUGCCAUAACCAUUCCAUACGCACCAAUUUAAAGGAGGAAAGGAUAAAAUCUAUGCUAGGCACUGGAAUAGCGGGGAGAGCGACCAUCACAGCAUAAGCAAAUGUGCGCAAAAUGAAAGUAACAAUCAAGUCAUGGACGGGAGUUGCAACUUGGCGUUGGAUAGCGAAUGACGAGAACUGCGGUAUCUGUCGCAUGUCCUUCGAGAGCACCUGCCCGGAGUGCGCGCUGCCCGGUGACGACUGCCCACUCGUGUGGGGUGUCUGCUCGCAUUGCUUUCACAUGCAUUGCAUUGUCAAGUGGCUCAACCUGCAACCGUUGAAUAAACAGUGUCCCAUGUGCCGCCAGAGCUGGAAGUUCAACAUACACUAA